AUGACUCGUCAUCUAUAUCUCGAUGCUUCACCUCCUCCGUACAAUGGAACUAGAGAUUUUAUCGAUCGAGAAGCUUUUAAGAAAACAAUUUCAGUACUUGCAGCACGCGUUGUACCCGAGAGAGCGGGUGUCUUUCUCAAGGCCAAGGAACUAAAGAGCUGUUUGAUGGACCUUCCUAAAAUUCGAACUGUUGUUCAUGAUUCCUCCAAUCCAGAUGGCGACCGUCUCGUUCUAUUGAGAAUGGCCAACAAGUCUGAUAUUCCUCCAGAGGCUAAAGAAUACUUGGAUAAAGAAUCGAAGGGUCUUGUAGAUUUUCAGAUUGACCUGAAUUACAACUAUUGGACAGCAGAUGAAUGCCUACGUGCCUUUCUCCCUGAAGAGCUGCGUGAAGGGGCACCCAGUGGUUUUGCAUUGACAGGACACAUUGCUCACGUCAACCUCAACGAUGAAUACCUUCCUUACAAACAUAUCAUUGGACAAUUAAUUCUCGAUAAAAACAGCCAAGUGGAGACUGUUGUGAACAAGUUGGAUUCCAUCGAUACCAAAUUUCGUUUUUUCAAAAUGGAACUGCUUGCUGGCAAGCCAGAAUACGUUGUAGAACAUCGUGAAGCUGACUGUAAAUUUACAUUCAAUUUUGCGGAGGUCUACUGGAACUCGCGUCUUCAUACAGAACAUAAGCGACUGGUCGAUUCAUUCAAACCGGAAGACAUUGUAGCAGAUGCAUUCGCCGGAGUUGGACCAUUUGCUGUCCCUGCAGCAAGGAAAGGUUGUGCCGUUCUUGCAAAUGAUCUGAAUCCGAACAGCGCCAAAUACUUGGAUAAAAACGUGAAAGAUAACCGGGUUACCGCCCUUGUGCGCGUUUCGUGUGAAGACGGUCGCGAUUUCAUCCGAAGAAGUGUCGCGUCAGCAUAUGACGAUCCAUUCCCAGCGUACACUGGACCGAAAAAAAGCAGAGUACAGGAGGAACGAGAACGCAAAAUAUUGCAAAAACUGGCUGCUGAAGGACACCCUCCUCCUCCAGCAACACCAACACCUCAACCUCGCCAAAAAAUAUCACAUUUCGUGAUGAAUUUACCUGAUUCUGCGCUCACGUUCUUGGACGCUUUCCGAGGAUUAUUAAAUGAUGAUAAGGGUCGGAAUUUGAGCGGUGUGUACGACGAAAUGCCAAUGGUGCAUUGCCAUUGCUUUACUCGCGAGCUCGACCCAGUGUUGGCCGAGAAGGAUAUUCGGCAGCGAGCGGAAGAAAAACUGGGGUACCCCUUGCCUGCAGAUACCAUAUUUCACCUUGUUCGUUCUGUGGCCCCUAACAAAGAGAUGUAUUGUAUUAGUUUCCGACUUCCUCGCGAAGUAGCGUUUGCUUGUAGCUGA